AAAAUGUUAAAAAUACAUAGCGGAUUACAUAUUGUAACCUUAGGGUAAGUCCUCCCUCAAAGCACCAGGACCAAAGGGAUGUGGAGAACACGUUGGUAAAUACAUACAAAACCGGAGAAUUCCCAAAGUAUGAACCAGGAGGAAACAUUUGCAAUCUAUGGAAGUGACUAACAGACUCGACACCCAAGCAUCCCUCCAAUAAAUAGGCAGUAAUAAAAAGAUGCUCAUCUCCUUUGCCUCCCCCCUUUUUAAUUUUAAAAACUGUUAAAUUGAAUUGCUCAUUUUGAAAAAAAAAAUGGGCAAAGGAUAUGAGCCAGUCUUUAAAAAAAAAAUGGGCAAAGGAAAUGAGCAAGAACACAAAAUAUAUAAGACCAUUAAAAUCACAAAACGAUGCCCUAUUUCCUUAGCAAUCAGAGAACUACAAGUUGGAACAGGGUGAAAUUCUCCUUUCAGGAAAUGAGUAAUACUAAGUCAUCCACCGGGCCCCAGGUCUCUGAUGUCCCUUCCUUCAGGAAGCCCGUUCUGACACCCGGGCUGGGUCAGGUGCUCUCCCCAACCAGGUCUCCACAUCCUCUGCACUCUGCCGUGCCGGCCCUGCCCAGUGGUCUCGGCGGCCCCUGUUUGGGUGGGGACACGUCUGACGGUCCCACUGGACUGUAAGCCCUUGGGGGAGCCACAGCGGUCGCUGGCAGACGCUGUUCAGCGUGCAGGUGGGGAAUGGCUUGCAAUGAGUGAGUCAGCGUCAGUGGGCUGAGGUUCAGACCAAGCCACCCCGAAGGACGGGGAGGGCGUCCUCUAUACCUCGCCUCCCUCUUCUCUCUCUUUUUUUUCCCCUUCCCCUCCCCCGCUCUCGUUUGAUCUCUUCACUGAGCCCCGUUCGGGAUCUGGGAACACAGGAAACGCUCCACCCGGCCUUGCAACAGGACCCCUUGGCUUCAAAGACUCCGAGGUGCCAAGGUCCACGCCUCUAUGCGCCCGAAACCUCCCACGGUCCUCCAGGACCAUAGAGAGCAGCGCGAAGACGGCGCCUCCCCCCGUCUACUCUCCUAGGGAGCAGCGAGACGAGCGGCGGGCCAGAGAGGCCGGAAGUGGGUCCAGCCAGGGGUCGUGCUGGCCGCGUUGGCGGUGCGUCGCCUCUACUCCCUUUGUGGCAUCUUCCUGCAGGGCUCGGGGAAGACCAGGCCCCCGAUGGACCCUGCGAAGGACGAGGGAGGGCGGCCGCAGCCCCCAGGGCCGCCCACCAGGAAGAAGUUUGUGAUCCCACUGGAGGAAGACGAGAUCCCUCCCGCAGGGGCCAAGCCCUUGUUCAGAUCUUCACGGAACCCCACCCCGGCAACCCCAGCCCAGGCGGCCCCUCAGUCAUAUGCUGAGUACGCCAUUGCCCAGCCUCCAGGAGGCGCUAGGGCCACAGGGCCCACAGGUUCUGAACCUGUGAAGGGAGAGAACCCCAGCCAGACCCUAAAAACAGGAGCGAAAUCCAGUAGCAUCCUUGUGAGCCCCCGGCAGAGGGGCAACCCUGUGUUGAAGUUCGUGCACAGCGUGCCCUGGGAAUUCAGUGAGGUGACUCCUGACUAUGUGCUGGGCCAGAGCACCUGCGCCCUUUUCCUCAGCCUCCGCUACCACAACCUCCAUCCAGACUACAUCCACGAACGGCUGCAGGGCCUGGGGAAGACCUUUGCCCUGCGCGUGCUGCUGGUCCAAGUGGAUGUGAAAGACCCUCAGCAGGCCCUGAAGGAGCUGGCCAAGAUGUGCAUCUUAGCGGACUGUACCCUGGUCCUGGCCUGGAGCGCGGAGGAAGCAGGGCGGUACCUGGAGACCUACAAGGCUUAUGAGCAGAAGCCCGCCGACCUCCUCAUGGAGAAGCUGGAGCAGAACUUCCUGUCCCGGGCCACCGAGUGUCUGACCACCGUGAAGUCAGUCAACAAGACGGACAGCCAGACCCUCCUGGCCACGUUUGGAUCCCUCGAACAGCUCUUCACUGCGUCACGGGAGGAUCUAGCCUUGUGCCCGGGUCUGGGCCCCCAGAAGGCCCGCAGGCUCUUCGACGUCCUACACGAACCCUUCCUCAAAGUGCCCCGAUGACCACUGCCACCCAGGCUCCAGAGUCACAAUAAAGCGUUUUCCAGGCCCAGGC